AUGGUUCGUUUUGCUUUUUUUGAUUUUUGAAAUAAAAUUUCUAUUUUUUUGGCUGUUAAAGCUUUGCACUCAAUAAAUCUAUGCUCACAAAAAAAACACAGACCUGAUGACAAGUCUUGUGAAAAUGUGCUCCAUGGAUAAUAUUUGCAAAAAUGAGAAUUUGCUAAUUUUAAAGUGCUACAUAACUUUUUAAAAUCAAAUUCAUUGUUAAUGUACCUUCUAACUUUAAUAAAAGAGAAAAAUUUCGGUAUUUAAUCUUGUAUUUUAGUUUUUACUGUUCCAAUUUUGCAUACUAUACCCCGUUUUCCGCUUUUUUUCUCUGCGCCCUCCUCGUCUCGCGAUCCUCUCAUGUUGACAUGCUAUUUUUUGCUUGUCGAUGAGGGAACAUAAAGACGCAGACAUUAAAAAGUCGUGGCUAACGGGCUAAACAGAAGUUAUUGUAAAAAAUCUUUGAACUUACUACUUUCCAGGGUCGAAAAGUUGAAGCGAGGCUGAUAAAACUCCUUUGAGAGUUGAGGUUUCACGUAUUUUUUUUUUCAGAAAACCUUCACCUUAUUCGCUAUUGUCACGUGUUCGCUAGCUUUCGUUGUCCCUAACGUCGAUGAACUCACCGGAGAAGAGCUGGCGUCUUUCGUCAACAAGGCGCAAAGCAGUUUCCUUGCUGUCCACACCGGCAAAACGGUCAAAGAGAUGAAGAAGAAGCUGAUGCGGGAGGAGUUCCUCGUUGUGCCCAAAGAUGAAGACCGAGCUCCAGAACUUAUCAUCGACGACCUCAUUCCGGCCAGCUUCGACGCUCGUACUCGCUGGAGCCAAUGUGCCUCGAUCCAGCAAAUUCGGGAUCAGUCGACCUGCGGGUGUUCCUGGGCUUUUGGGGCCGUCGAGGCGAUUUCCGAUCGCAUUUGCGUUGCCAGUAACGGAACUCAACAGCCAAUUAUUUCCGCUGAAGACAUCCUUGCCUGCUGUGGACACACCUGCAGCAAAGGCUGUGAGGGAGGUUCGUCACUUUUUAUAGCGAAUUCCGAACACGUCUGAUUUUCACUGCGACGGGGUUAGUUAAAUUUCAAAAUGAGUUUCGUGAACCUUGAAAAAAAGGACAAUAUACCGAAGUUUGCGUGCUUCCCAUGCGCCUUUAUCGGCCUUCGCUUUGAGACCUUUGAUCUGAGGCAUACGGUACUUGGGUUAGAAAAAGGGGAAAGCUUAGGCUAAACGAAUGCGUCUUGUCCAACUUCUGACACACUCUGGUAGCGCAAGUCGGACGCGUCCCGGACGUUUCUGAUCUUUUUUUAGCUAUCCCUUUAGCAGCGUCAGUCCACUUGAGUGGUUACUUGAUCUGCUUAAAAUAGUCCACGGCGCGUUCCGAGGUCCGAGGUAGCCAUUUAUCGGAUUUGCCUAAUCUCGAAAGAAGGCGGUUGUGUACAGAAACGCCAUGGCCAAUAAAGUCUGUGUGCCACGACUUGAAAUUUCACGGAACGACAUUCCGCUGUGCCGCUGCGAGCCUUUGCGAACUUUUGUCGCACCAAUAAUUUUUUUUUUAUUAAGGUACUCUACUUUCAUGUGCUCCCACAGUGAUGAAAAUUAAUUGAAAGCAUGACCUAGAUUCGAAAAAAAGCUUCGCGAACACACGCAGCAGAACAGCGGAAUGUCGUUCCGUGAAAUUUCAAGUCGUGGCACAGACUAUAACAUUGGAACGUUUUGUAGAUUUUUAGGAGGUUGGCCGAUCGAAGCCUGGAAUUACUGGGUCGCCAAUGGAGCCUGCACUGGAGGUGACUACGGAGGCCCGGGAUGCAAACCGUACCCAUUUGCGCCAUGCAAAAAGAACUGCGAGGACCCGGAUACCCCGUUUUGCCGUACUUCUUGCCAGUCCGGCUACUCGAUCCCAUACGCGCAAGACAAGCUCUUUGGCCUUUCUGCCUACUUUGUCGCCAAGACCGUCAGCGGCAUCCAGAAGGAGAUCAUGACCAAUGGACCCGUCGAGGCUACUUUCAACACCUACGAAGAUUUCUACCAGUACAAAAGCGGAAUCUACGUCGUGAGUUGGCCACUUUUUACGGGAUAAGCGUCAGUAAAACCGCAGAGAUUGAAAAUUCAAACAGAAGUUUCACGUAUAGUCUGUACAGAUUUUGAAUGUCAAGUCGUCGCUUAAGCUCCGCCCCUAAUGAUGCGAUAAACCGACCAGAGAGGGAGCCAUCCACAGAGUGUUUUUCACAUGACAUUAAAAAUCUGAAAACCUUCAAGAAUCCAAGUCAUUCUGGCCUGUAAUAAGACUUCGAAAGAUAUGGUCUUUUUCAGCACACCGCUGGAAAUCAACUCGGUGUACACUCGGUCAAGAUUCUCGGAUGGGGAAUCGAAAACGGGACUCCUUAUUGGAUCGUCGCCAACUCCUGGGGCACCGACUGGGGAGAGAAUGGAUUCUUCCGAAUCAUCAGAUCCGUCAACGAAUGCGGAAUCGAGGCUGACGUCGUCGCCGGUCUUCCCAAAUUAACCGAUGCCAAUAGAAAUGUACAUAGAGGGAAUAAUAAAGAAUGAAAUACGUAAACACGGUUGUUGACUUUUCUAUAAAAUGGAACACAAGAAUAUAUAAACUUGAUUUAAAAAAAAAUAGAAUUUGAAUGUCUUAAUAGUCUCACAAUCGUUCCUUCGAGACAUCAUUAAUACUAUAGUCAAUGUUUCCCGACUUGAAAGGCAAGGGGCGGGACGCGUAGCUUCGGGACGCGUAGCUCGUCCGUACGCGGUUAUUGGCACGAGUUCAAUUCAAUCGAAACCAACUUUUUAAAAAGUUCGGCAACCGCUCUUUUUCUGUAUUUUCUUCUAUUUUUGAUGCACAAAUGAACAUAAUCAAUAAAUAAUCGAAAAAUAAAUGAAAAUAGCAAAAAACGAGCUCUCCAAACAGUCGCUGGCGGUUGAAUUGAACUCGUGCCAAGAACCGCGUACGCAUACGCUACGCAUCCCGCCCUCUGCCCCGCCUCCCUCGCCUUUCGGGAAAAAUUGACUAUAUAAACCUUAUGUGUCAAUUUUCAAACUUCAACAAAAUAUUCUCAAAGUUGGGACCAAGACACGAGGAACUUUGACAAAUUGAUGGCUGAACCGUCGAAGAACAUCUACGGCCACGGUCUGUAUUUGGUCAAGCGUCGGAAAUCUGGAUUCUAUUUCGCCAAUAUCUAA